ACUUCUCUCUCUGUUCUAUCUUCAGCCCAGAGCGCACACAGUGAACGAACUAGGACCUAAACCUUUCUGGAUACUAUACUAGCCUACAUCAACCAUGACUCUUGAGGAAGUUCACGGACAAGAUAACUCUGAAACAACUGACAGAAUGCAGGUCAUCGGUACUGCUUUGGAGGAGCUACUCGUUUCGGCGAAGAAACAAGACUGCUUGACAGUCGGGGUAUACGAAUCAGCAAAAGUCAUGAAUGUUGAUCCAGACAAUGUGGCAUUCUGCGUGUUAGCGACUGACGAGGAAUACGAAUGCGACAUUGCCCUCCAGAUCCACUUCACCCUCAUCCAGGCUUUUUGCUUUGACAAUGACAUCAACAUCGUGAGGGUGAAUGACAUCGAGCGCCUUGCCGGUAUUGUUGGCACUGACGAGUCGGAUGAACCUAAAGACGCUCACUGUAUUCUUGUCACGAGCCCCAAUGUGGACUCGUGGAAGGAUCCUGCUUUAGACAAACUCCGGCUGUUCUGCGAAGAGAGCCGCGGCAUGUAUGAGUGGGUGCCGACCAUCACCCUCCCCGAGCGCUGAACUGGGCCACUUCUCUACGCUUCUGCAACAGAAGGAGAAGGAACCUGUUCCGAAUCACCGAGUGUGAAGUUCCCACUCUGAUAGCGGAGGAUGCAAAGCGUACCUCCAGAUUUCGGGGACUCUCUCUGGAAUGGCGUGCUGGCGCUGAAAGAAGAAGAUGGACUGGAUGGGUACAGGAAAGUUCUGGGAAAGUCGACGAGGAGUUGACCGAGUCGAGACGGACUUAUGUGUUGGAUACAGUAUGAUUCCAUCACACCCUCCACACUUGCAAUCUUGGAUGGGAAAGAAAGAUAGAGGAGUCGAAACGUCAAAACUGGAAUGUGGAUAGAUGGACUUUGAGAGUUUCUAAAGGGAAACAAGGAAGGAACUGGACUGAUGCAUGAAAUGAACCUGAAAUGGCAUGGUGGAUUUUAUAAGAUUAUGGGACAUUACUGAUUGAAGCAAUGGUGUUAGCUUCCCCUGGCAAUGAAGCUAGUUGUUUCUGGAUGGACUUUCAGACAAAAUCACUGAGUCAUCUUUGUUAUGCCGAAAUGAUGGAAAAGAGAUGUUCUACAGUAAAAACAAAAUGCAAUGAUGCUGUUAAACAAUUUGCAGACAUAAAUAAAUAUUUCAAAAGUUUAUCCAUUA